ACCAUUUCAAUAUUUUUCCACAUAAACAAAACAAAACAACAAUGAGCAUUUGUUCCACCACUCUUUUGAUCCUCCAUCUGGUGAUGUCCGCGUUCAUCAUGUCAAUGUUGGCAACGGCUAGCACUGUAGGAAGGGACGAGUUUAGUUGGAUGUCCAAACAAUUAGGAGGAGGAGGGUGCACGGGGUCUAUAGCCGAGUGUAUGGGAGAUGCUGCAGAAAUGGAAAUGGAAUCCGAAAGCACUAGACGCAUUUUAGCAACCACGGAUCAUAUAAGCUACGAUGCAUUAGAUGCGAACAAUGUGCCUUGUUCACAAAGAGGUGCUUCGUAUUAUAAUUGUCGGUCUGGAGGUCAAGCUAACCCUUACCAACGUGGUUGUAGUACUAUUACUCGUUGCCAACGUUAGAUUUCUAUCUACUUUUUUCUCAAGUAUACAUUUGGGGGAUGAAUUUCAUCUCAUAUGCUCCGAUCCCCCUUCUAUAAAUUAAUUUUUACUCUUGCUCUU